AUGCUGGAACCUCUGGGAUACGGCAAAGAUAUACCAGAUGAGGUUGUUUGGGAUUUAGUGUCUCGAUGGCAUGGAAUGCGUCUUCUCUUUGCUCUUUACCUGGAUACAGCCAUACAGGAAGCCUAUGUGAAUUCGACUUUCCCACAUACGUCCGGUGUGAAUAGACAGAAUACCACAGGGGCAUCGGUUAGUGAAGGGGAAAUGCCGAAGCCAUCUCAGAUUCCCGGUUUAUGCGCGGAAGGAAUGACUCCAGAUAACAGAAAAGGCGGCUAUGAGCGAUUCCACAAGGCUUUGACAGCGCAAUGA